AUGAGUGGUGGGUCUAUGCAUUCUGGUUUGGUUAGGCUUGUGUGCCUGGCCAUUGCCUCUGCUAUUGGUUGUUUCAAGUGUUGGAAGCUCCAACAACAUCAUGUGCUGGACAGUGAAAAGCAUGCUCUUCUCCAGUUCAAACAAGGCCUUGUGGAUAAGUCCAAUGCUCUUGCCUCUUGGAAAAGUGAGAAAGAUUGCUGCAAGUGGAGAGGAAUAGCAUGCGACAACCAAACAGGUGCUAAUUUCAGUGGACCUGUUCCUCCCCAACUGGGAAACCUCUCUAAUUUGCACACUCUUGAUCUUUCCUCCAAUGAUUUUGAAGGAAUGAUGAUUCCCAAAUUCAUUGGCUCUCUGAGUCAAUUGAAAGAACUCAAACUUGCAGAUGCUAAUUUCGGUGGACCUGUUCCUCCCCAACUUGGAAACCUCUCUAAUUUGCACACUCUUGAUCUUUACCGGAACGAUGGUGUUAGUUCUGAAAAUCUUGAGUGUCUAGCUGGCAUUCAUGUUUUGGACCUCUCUCACAACAAUAUUUCAGGAGGCUUGCCAGAUUGCUUCAAUAACAUAACCGCAUUGGCUAAUGAUACUGGAGUUGGUGAAAUUGUGGAACUUAUGUGGAAAGGAAUAGAAAGAGAGUUUCCCAUCUUAUGGUGUCUUGGACUUAUCACACAACAACUUGUCAGAAAGAAUUCCAUCAGGCACCCAACUCCAGGGUUUAAUGCUUCUGCAUAUAUGGGAAAUCAUGGACUUUGUGGACCACCGCUGACACCAAAUUGCUCACCAGAUGGAGCAACUCAAGCUGAUGAUAACAAAGAACAUGAUAAUGAUGGUCUCAUAAGCCUGGGAUUUUUAUCAGUGCUGUGCUGGGAUUUGUCACUGGAUUUUGGAUGGUCUGCGGCAGUUUACUGCUUAGGAUUCUUGGAGAUAUGCUUAUUUCAGAUUCCUGACAAUUCAAAAGAUUGGAUUUAUGUCAAAACCGCUGUGUACAAGGCAAAAGUGCAAAGGAGACUUCAAAGAUAA